AUGGCUGCUGAGGGUCCGAAAAAGACAACUGACAAUGUUAAGGUACGGUUCAGUACUUUGUUGAUUAACGGUGCACUUCAGUACCGGACCCUUGCAAUCAUAGUUGUGGCGUGCGAGUCUUACAAUUAG